AUGUCCCCUAUUCCCCACAAUUGGUAUAUCUUUUUUUUUUUUUUUUUUUUUUGUUUUUUUUUAAAAGGAAAUUGUUUUACAUUUUUUAAGAAACAUAAUUCAUUGACCAUUACACAAAAAUGGGAAAAAGAUAUUUCUUUAAAAAUACAUUUUUCAAAAAAUAGGAAUAAAUUAAAUUUGAAAAAUGAAAAAUGUGAAGACAACUUUAUUGUAGAAUGUGGGGAUAAUAAAAACGAAGAAAAUGAUAAACUUAAUCGAAAUAAAAAUAUAAUAAAUUUGAUUGAAAAAAAAAAAAAAAAAAAACAUAAUAUAAUUCCCAAUGAUAAAACAACAAAGGAUAAACGAUAUAUCUAUAAACCAAUCUAUUUGAAUAAAAAACAAAAAUACAAUAAAAAGGAUGUGAAAAAAAUUAAAAAAAUUCUCAAAAAUAAAAAUAAAGAAAAAAGAACUAAUUACGCAAAUGCUACAAACAAUUCCAAAAAUAUACAAAAUCUGGAAAAAAAACAAAAUGGGAAAAUUAUAGACAAUAAAAAUAACACUAAUUUAAAUACCAAAAAAAAAAACAAACAACAAAAAAUACUAGACAUGUUUGAUAAAGACCUAAAUCAAUCUAUUCAAAAAUUAAACAUAAAAACAACGAAAUUUGAAAUCUAUAAAAAUAAACAAAAUGCAAAAGCAGAUAUAAAUGAAAACGAGAUCCUUCAAAAAAUAAGCGCAUCAUGCAAAGUAAAAAAAAAUAGUAAAGCGAAAAAAGUAAAAAAAAAAAAUGAAGUGAAAAAAGUAGAAAAAAAAAAUGAAGUGAAGAAAGUAGAAAAAAAAAAUGAAGUGAAGAAAGUAGAAAAAAAUAACGAGCAGUCAUUUCCUAACAAUGUAGAAAUAAACAACCAAGAAGUUGCAAAUAAAUUUAACAUAGGGAAAAUAUUAAAAAUUGGAAAUAGCAUAGAUGGUUUUCGAAAGGAAAUAAAAAUUAAAAAUGACGUCUCGAAGGAAUUUGAAAAUCAGGUUAGAAAAUUGAACUUAUUUAGCACCAUUAUAGAUUUUAAUGAAACUUUAAAAAAAGAAAAUUAUGUAAAAAACGAAGAAAAAAAUUAUAAGGAAAAUAAAAUAAUUAAAAUAGACACAUUUAAGAAUAUUGGAAUUUAUGAUAAUUUUAUUAAUGUAUAUUUAAAAUAUAAUAAUAUAAAUAAUCCCACAUUUUACCAAAAAAAAAUAAUUCCAAUAAUUAUCUAUUUUUUAAAUAAUGGAUCCUAUGAUUUAAUGAGAUAUACAAAUGAAAUUGAUUUACAAAUUCAAAAUGAAAAAAUACCCAAGCAAAUAAUAUAUGUAAAUAAAUACAAUAAAACGAGUAAACAUUUAAUAAGAACUUUUUUUUUACAUUGUCCAACUGGAACUGGAAAAACAUUUAUGUAUUUACUUCCAAUUUUUCAACAAAUUACUAAUUUAAGAUUUUCUGAAAAUAAUGAGACUAAAGAAAUGUGUAAUGAUAAAGAAACAAAAAGUGAAAUAUUUUACAAAACCAAACAAAUAAAUGACAUUACUUCCUUUUGUUGCUCUGAUCAAUUAAACACAGAUUUAUUUAUUAAUAAAAAUUCUGAAAUUAUCAAAAAUAAUGUUUUGAAUAAUUCUCUGAAUACCAGCAAUCAAAAUAACCAACAAUGUGGACAAAUAGGUGAUAUACUUAUUUUGACAUAUAAUAAAGAGGUUGCUGUACAAAUAUACGAAUUAUAUAAAGAUAUAAUUAAUUCGUUUUAUAAAUCUUAUUCUUCUAAAUUUUUUGAAAUAAAUAAAUCUUUAACACGAUUUAAAUAUAUUUCUGAAGAAAAACAACAAUAUCUUGAAAAAAUUAACAUCCUUUAUAAAAAUAAAGUUAAUAUGAAUGUUUAUUUAUUAAUAGGUGGAAAUAAUAUAAAAUAUCAAUUAAAAAAUUUACGAGCAAAAAAAAUAAAUAUAAUAAAAGAAAAUGAAGAAGCUUCCCUUCAGUGCAAUGGCCAAAAUAAUCAAAAAAUGAAAAAUGACAAUUAUGAAAAUGACAAUAUUAUAAAUAUAAAUAUAUAUAUCGGAACACCGGGAAGGGUAUACACAAUAAUAAAUGAAAAAAAAGCUAUCAAUUUAGAAAAUAUUCACACUAUUAUUUUUGACGAAUAUGAUUUUUUUUUUAACAAAUUCGAAAAGAGCAACGUCAAGAAUAAAAUUGAGAAAAACAAAAUCGAACUGGAAAAUGUGUUUUUUUCUCAAAUAUUAAAAAAUAUUUACAUAAAAAAAAAAAAAAAAAAACGCAUACCUUCAAUUACAAACGUAAUAUGUUGUAGUGCAACAUCUGCUAUAUAUCCAUACCUUCUAUACACUAAACAUUUAAUUACAGAAAAUUUUUUAACUAAUCUUUUAGGACAAAAUGUAAAACAAGAAAAGAUAAACAAUCAAUCAACUGGUUCCUCUCCAAUAAAUUAUGAAAAAGAAAAAAAUAUAAUAAACUCAUUGUUUAAAAUAGAGGAAACAUUUAAAAUCCCCGAAAAUUUAAUACAUUUUAAUUAUUGCUAUAAUAAAAAAAGUCAGAUAAAAAAUAAUAAUAAUGCGAUAUCUAACUUUUUAAAAAUUAUUUUUUCCAAUCCUCUCAACAAAAAUGUUUUGGUGUUCUGCAACACAAAAGUGAGUCGAAAAACUAGUUAUUUUUUCUUUCCCUUUUUGUACAUUUUUUAUUUUCCUUUUUGUACAUUUUUUAUUUUCCUUUUCCACAAACAGAAACGAGUUAUGGAUCUCUGGAGUUUAUUUCGAAACCGAUUUGAUAUUGACAUACAAACAAUUUUUUCCAGAAAUGAAAAAAAAAAAAAAAAAAUAUUCAAAGAUAUUAAUUACGCGAACUUUUCGAAAAAUGACUUAAUCAAUUAUAAAAACUUAAAAAAAUAUGUCAACUUUUUAUUUAUAUCAACUAAUUUGUUAUAUAGAGGAAUUAAUUGCAUUGGUUUUACAACUAUCAUAAAUUUUGACAUGCCCCAAAAUUAUACUGAGUAUGUGCAUAGGUGUGGACGAAUAGGCAGAGUAAACAACAAAGGCGCUAUAUUUAAUAUUUUUGAAAAACAAGAUAAAAAAAAAUAUAUAAAACAAAUAUUUAACAAAAUAAAUAUUAAACCAUUUGAUAUAGAUUGUUAUAUGAACAAUAUUUUUACUUUAAAAAAUUAA